GCCUCGUCACUACUCACUUACAUCGUUACAUUGAACGUUCUCGGUAUCGUACGUUGUGCGUUAGUUGAUUCUCGUAGUGACUCAAGAUGACUGGUCGCGGUAAGGGAGGAAAGGGAUUGGGAAAAGGAGGAGCGAAGAGACAUCGUAAAGUACUUCGCGAUAACAUCCAGGGUAUUACCAAGCCGGCCAUUCGUCGUCUAGCACGUCGUGGCGGAGUCAAGCGUAUCUCCGGAUUAAUUUACGAGGAAACGCGUGGUGUACUGAAGGUGUUCCUAGAAAACGUUAUCCGUGACGCGGUCACCUACACCGAGCACGCGAAAAGAAAGACCGUGACUGCCAUGGACGUCGUCUACGCCCUGAAGCGCCAAGGAAGAACUCUAUACGGCUUCGGCGGUUAGACGUUGACUUUUUGCUAUACAAUCGGCCCUUUUCAGGGCCACCAAAAAUUUUAAACGUUGUAUUUCUCUUGUAGCAAAUAAGUUGAUAAUUUUUUUAUACGGAUAUUUAGAAAUUUUUAAUUAAAAAUACUUAACUUUCAACUUAGCAGUAUUGUAUGAUAUAAAAGAAACUUAUUUUAAAACUUCAAAAUAAUAAAAGGAAAUAUUUCGACUA